AUGUCUAAACUUAACCAAGAUGUACUUUGUUUGGUCCUCAAGGAACUAUCAUCUUGCAAAAGUCAAAGUUGGACGCGUGAACCUCUUUAUUCAUGUUUAUUUGUAAACAAACUUUGGUGUGAAACUGCUGUACCUAUCAUUUGGAGUAAUCCAUGGAAAUUCAUUAAAGAUUAUGGGAGGCUAUUUGAUCUUAUUAUUUCAUUUCUAUCAAGAGAUACACGGUUUCUUCUCAAUAAUCAAGGAAUCGAUUUAUUUCCAACGCAGCAUGAACACCAUUUAUUCGAUUACUUAAGUUACUGCAGAUAUAUGAACUUUGAUUGCAUUGAAAAAUCCAUCAGAGUUGGACUUGAUUCUUCCAGAUACAAGAAAAUAGAAGAAAGUCGACUUCGUUGUAUAGAACUAGAAAUUUAUAUAAUGAUUGUUAGUAAAUGUUCCGCUGUUAAAUCUUUAGAUGUGAUGAAUUUAAGACCACAAAUAAAACAUCAUAUCAUCGGAGCAACAACUUUUCUUGGAGGACUUAGGUCUCUAUAUUGUAAUUUAAUUAGUGAUCCGACAUUUUUUGAUUUAUUGGCAAAUACCUGCAGGACAUUAGAAAUGAUACACAUCGUGUGUCCUUCGUAUUGCAAGCUUCGUAAUUUGGGUUUAGCUAGAUUAAUCGAGGUUCAAAAUGGCUUAAAAUGGUUCGUGUUUGUCCAACAUCAAGCUGAAGCUUUUCGACAAGAAAUUGGAGAUGCUUUGAUUAAACAAGCCAAUUCCCUAAUUAAUUUUGAAUUAACAUAUCUCAGGAAAAUUUCCUUACCUUCAAAUAUCCUUUCCUCCUUUAAUAAUUUACAAAUUUUAAAAAUAUUUGAAUUCUUUAUGUUGGAUACAAUUUCUUACGACGUUGCGAUAAAUUUAAUUAAAAAGACCGAAGGAAAUCUCUCGAAGAUCUUACUUUAUAAUACUUUUAAUGAUGAACUUGCUGGAGAGUACCUUCUUGAAAAUUUAUUGAUGAAAUGUCAUCGGCUUCGAAAGAUUUUCAUUCAAGGGUUAACUAUUGCAAACAUAUUCGAUGAUUUGGAAGCCUUUUUCGAAAAUUGGAGAGGUCGGGAACCGAUCAUUUUAAAUUUCUAUGUAGAACUUUGUCACAAAUUGAAUUUUGAGAAAUUAAUUAGUGUAUUUGAAAAAUAUGAGGAGGAGGGUGUGCUAAAACGUUAUGAUGCUUUAGAGGAUUAUGGUUAUUUUAUAGAAUUGCUUCAGAAUUAG